AUGUCUUCCGAAAAGAAAAACUUAUACAGAACAGCUGCAGGAAGAAAGUUCGUGGCUAGAAACUCUUUAUUGACGGAUAUUUUCCAAAAAAGUGAAAAUGCCAACGUCUACCAUAUUGUUUUGCUUAUUUUGUCCCAUUUUUUUAUCGCCACAGGACUGAACCAGUACACACAUAGCAAAAGGGUCGAUUUUGGAUUUGGUUUAAUACUGAAAAAUUUCUACAACUUCGAUAAGGCCGUGCAAAUUUGGUUGUACUGUUUUAUGUCCACAUGUGCCGCCUUUCUCUGUUUUACUGUGUGGGCUAAUUUCAGAAACUUCAGCAGAGAAUACAAAAUCUAUUGGGACUGGCUUUGGACACUACUCUUAAUUCUCUAUUACUACUGGAGCUUCAAAAUAACUGGUAGGGCUAUUAAAGACUCUACUUUUAAACUGCCUCUGGGAAUAUUUUUAGCAAUGGAAACCGUGCGAUUUUUAAUGAAAGUGCAUUCAUUUGUACGAAACAAUGUUUCUAGGGUUAUUGCACAAGAGAAUUGCAAGCGAGUUUUUCCAAAAUUUUCCAAUUUUCUGUACUUUCUUUUCGCUCCGACUCUCAUAUACAAAGAUGCAUAUCCAACCAAAAAGAAGAUUAACUGGAAGUUUUUGGGUUUUCUUCUCUUCGAAAGUGGUUGUAUAAUGUUAAUGUUCAGCUACGUGGCAGACACGGUGAAUUCGCACAUCCAAGAUUACGGUUUGCGAAAGUUUACCGUAACUGAACUGGUAGUGGCCAUUGCCCAAAACAUCGUUCGAGUUGGAACAUUAACCAUGUUAUCCAUAUUUGCUUUUUAUCUCCACUGUCUUCAAAAUAUCUUUGCUGAACUUACGGGAUUUGAAGACAGAUUUUUUUAUAGCGACUGGUGGAACGAUAGCAAUCCCAAAGCGUGGUUGCGAAAGUGGAAUCCAAUUGUUGAAGAAUGGCUUUACUUUUAUGUAUAUAUGGAAUUCAAAACACAUGUUUGCAAUAAUACGUUUCUCACGAAAAUUGUAACUAUUAGUCUGUCGUUUGUGGUUCACGACUGGCUUCUGACCGCCUUAAAUAUCAUACACAAAUGA